AACAUUUCAAAUAAGAACAUUGUAAUAUUUUUAAUUUCUUUUCUAUUUCGAGAUCAGUUGGCACUUUAACUGCACUUCCUUACACGCCAUGGCUAGAAUUUCCACACUUUUCAGCUGGCAGAGCAAGUGACAUGAUUUCCAAAAAACUGCACUGGGCCACAAAAAUAUUAUUUUAUAUAUAUUGCACUUUGUAUCCAUCCGUGUGUGCUUUUCUUUUCGGCCGUGUGUGAACGUGAAAAUGCGAGUGGGCGGCGACGAAGCGGCGACGACGAUGCGCGCGAUUUUCUCGCGUUUGGCUGGCGGAACGUUCAAGAUGGCACUGCCGGGCGAUUCGCGGCGAUCGGAUCGACUUGACAGUCCAUGGAGCCCCCCAGCGGACGGACCCGUCGUUAUUUAUUCCGGAAUAUAAAUUAUAAGUAUAAAUAAUAUUUGGGGGGAGUAAAACUUAUGCAUGUUCUAUGUAUUUAUUUUUAAUUUAAUUGAAUUUGCCGGCGGCAGCGAUGUUGCGGGGUGUAUGUGAAUACUGCUUGUGCUGACCAUAAUUUAAUUCAAAACACAAAUUAAUUUGACGCUCCGCUCUCGCUGCACUUGCUGCUCUGUUUAGUACCUCAAGUCUGUGGGGGAAAACUGUCGGCAAGUGUCCACCGCACGGAGAGAAAAGCGUCGAUGAGUGGGCGUCAUCGGAAAAGCGGAAAAUCACAGUGACGAGCCGCAUCUCUUGGUUUCUCCGAUCGAUUUGCUGCUUUUACGAGCUGUCCGAGCAGAACCAAACAAAACCAUAAUAGAACAUCUGUUCUUCUGUUAUUUACGUGUUUUCCUAAUUUCUUCCGAUGGUCCCACAAUGCCAGGCUAGGUGAGUUUCCUGCUAUUAUUUUUAUUUUUCC